GAGUAAUAAAACGGCGCGUAUGCGUAAGCACGGCCCCGAAUGAAGGGCGAACGCGGUGAUCGCGUAAACGCGCGGACGAGGCGAGCCUCCGUUUCUCCGUGUCUUGCGCGCGCGAUCCCCGCGAACGCGCGAGAAGCCGCUGGUCCACAGUCUCGAUUGUUAUUAUUCUCCAGCUGGGGCACUUACCAGUUACGUAUUUCUCGUCACCAAGUUUGCUGCAAUCGGAGUGGGCAGUCGGGCAGAUUUCUCUGGUUGGAAGGGAGCAGACGAUCGUGGGAGAUUCGAGAAUUAUCUCUAUCCACUGUUUCGAAUUCCGCGGCAUCAGAGAUUCAGAGGACAGUAGAAUGGAGCCAAGUGGAGCUUAGGAGAUUUAUCAUUUAUGUCAAUUCAUGUUCUUCGUGAGAGCGAAUGCAACGAUUUUGUAUUCUCUUAUAUUCCUUUCAAUUCUAAUAACGACUGUGUGAUAUUCAAAAGAUUUAUAAUACAGCCCAACACAAAGGAUCACGAGUGUAACUGGAGAAGUUGAAGUAAAGUGAAUUCGCGAUUGUUUACGACCGAGAA